UCACUUUGCAACCAAUGAAAUGCAGGGAUGCUGGAUUUUCAAAUGCGACGGUGCAGUAGAACGUUCAUGGACCUUUCGCAAUAUUGAGCAAGGUUUUAGAGGUCGGGGGUCAUUUAUCAGUAGCUUUUCUUCUUUUUCUUCAGCUUUUGUGUGGUCAGUCACAGUUUUCAUGACGGUUACUGACGGUGACACGUUAACGCUCAUCAUGCCUGCCCGAGCAGCGUGCUGCAGUGCUGCCAGCUCAGCCUGCCAAUCCACGGCUUCUCUCAUGCCUCCUGCCCCGAUCAACACAUUUCAGCCGGGGGUGACCACCUCACUGCUGUACAGUGGGUCACAGUUUCGGGGUCACCAGAAGAGCAAAGGCAACUCCUACGACGUCGAGGUUGUUUUGCAGCACGUCACAGUUGAGGACUCAUAUUUGUGUGGAUAUCUGAAAAUCAAAGGCCUGACUGAGGAGUAUCCCACUCUCACAACUUUCUUUGCUGGUGAAAUUAUCAGUCAGAAAAGGCCUUUUUUAACCAGGAAGUGGGAUGCAGAUGAGGAUGUGGACAGGAAGCACUGGGGUAAGUUUCAGCCUUUUUACAAAUACGCCAAAAACUUCAACUCGGAUGACUUCGACUAUGAAGUGCUGGACAGCAGUGAUUAUAUCUUCAUGAGAUGGAAGGAGCAGUUUCUAGUUCCAGACCAUACCAUCAAAGACAUCAGCGGUGCCUCCUUUGCAGGGUUCUACUACAUCUGCUUCCAGAAGUCCACAGCCACUAUUGAGGGGUACUAUUACCAUAGGAGCUCUGAAUGGUACCAGUCUCUCAACCUAAACCAUGUUCGAGAGCACAGUAUGCCUAUUUAUGAAUUUCGGUGAUGCAGUCAUGCAGGAAUAUUGAAUAAAGUUAUGGACAGUUCAUACUGCCCUGUGCUUAAAUGUGACAGGAAUGAUGAAGAGCCCUUUAAUGUCUAAGGGGUGACCUGUUUCCUCACUGCUGAGAAAAUGAGCAAGUGGUCAGACACUCUUCUGGUGGUCUGAAAGAAGCUGGCACAGAGAGAAUGAUGGCAAGCAAGACAAAGAGUGCUAUAUGGAAGGUUCUCAGUUGCUGUAGAGCUAGCAUUUGCCUUGGAUUUUGUUUAUACCCUUAAAUUGUCUUUUUUGUGUGGCAUUUUUUUUUUGCACCUUCAUGGGAGCUACCUCCCUGUAGUUGGACAUCAGAAUAGAUUCCUGUUUUCCUUCAGUGGAGACACUAAGACAUAAUUGCCUUUCAGUUAAGAGUUGCACAAGGAAAAGUCAAAAGUUGUGAGAGGAGCUUUGCUCAGUAAACCCUAAAUGUAUCUUUCUUUUUUUUAUGUAGUGUGUUUUGGCAAUAUUGCUUUGAUACUCCAUAGUCAUUAUUCCAGAGUGUGAUGGUGGGGGUCUUGCCAAAGGUUUGCAACAGAAGCAGUGAUGAGCAGUGACCUUCUUUAUAUGCAAGAAUAAGUGAUGGUGUGUUGAUCAGGGAUGGUGUUAACUGAAACUACAAAUGCCCUCCUAACAGGUAAUUAAUAGCCAGUUGUUUUCAAGGCUGCUGCUUUUUCAAAAGUCCUCUAAAAAGUCUGUAUUUGGCUCCACUUCAGACUCUGUCUAUGCAAGCAGAAGCCCACUAAUAGCCAGGAUUUCUUACUUUUUAUAUUAUUUGUCUUUAAGAAAGAUGUAUUUAUUUUUUUAAUAAGGGGGGGAAAUGUAUAAGUAAUGGAAAAUUAUAGCAAAAAAUAGGUUUAUUUAAUUACAGCAACCAGCAUUUGAAGCUCAGUACACUCCUGUUUAGUUAGUCUGAAAGGUAACAUCUUGCAGAGUUUCAGUCACUUCAACGGUAUUAACAAACAGUGCUUGUUGACAGUGUGUUACUGUGUGUCCUUGAAUAUUAUGUAAAAAUCUCCUUGUGUGGUUGGUAGACUGUUUAAGUUGGAACCAUUAAUGGAGAUAAAAUGAAGCAUUCUUUCGUCCUGCCACCUUACAAUUUUAAAUGUUUGUAACAUUCCUCUUUUGUUUUCCCCAAAAAACUGAUUGGGUAGUAUUUUAUUUGAAAGAAACCAUGUAAGCUUAUUUCUGUUUGGGAGAAAUUUGUCCAAAAAAAGAGAGCUUUUCAUUGUCAUCAUGAGGAUUCUGAAAGUGUUUCUGAGAAUAGUCAAUGUACAAGUUAUCUGCUGCAGACUGCGUGUGCUCUGCCUGCCUCUUUGUUGUGCUUUAUAGGUUUCCAGGUGGCUCGGUCGCCUGCAACAUGACCAGCAGAUUGGAUGGGUUUUUGUGGGAAGACUGUUGCCGCUAAGCAGAAAAAUCUGAAUAACUUCAAAAUAAUUUGCUCUUUUAAAAUUAAUAAUGGAAAACAACAAAAUGCACAAUGUGAGAAAGAUGUUUAUUUGGAAGUGACGGUGAAAGUCUUGAUUGAAUAUACCUGAUUUAAAAAGGUUGAUGUUAAAUCUGCUAUGAGUGUGUUGUGUGAGGAAAAAUAAAGAACUAUUUCUUA